GAGGCUAGAGAAAUGAUGUGGGUGGAAGACACAGGAAGAACUCUGGGUGCUGAGGAAGCAGGGUGUGUGGUGGGCUAGGAUCAGCUAGUUUCCCCAGGAAGGUCCAGAGCUGUGCUCAUAAGGUGCUAGGACAUGGGACUGUGGGGUUCCAGAUGACAUUACUUUAUGCCUGGAUGAUGCUCCCUCUGCCCCUCAUUGCUCCACCUCCUCCUUAGGUCAUGAUGUGUACUAGAUCUAAGAGGCCCCAGGACUCACCACUGUCCCAGCUGUCUCCCUGUCCCGCCUUCCUGCCGCCCGCCCUGCUGGCCAGUCCCCACGCCCACACACCCUGCGCUGCCUCAUCUGGCACUGUUUAUCCUGCUGCUGCUGCUGCUGCUGUUGCUGCUUCUGCUGCUGCUGAACUCAGCUGCUGCCUCCGGCUGAGGACCCCAGCUCACUCCCCCUGCCAUGCUGUCUGCUGCCCCAGCCUCCCUUCUGGGGCCCCUCCUUACGGCCUGGGCCCUGCUGCCCCUCUUGCCUCUUGCUCAGGGCCAGACCCCCAACUAUACCAGACCUGUGUUCCUGUGUGGAGGGGACGUGACUGGGGAGUCAGGUUACGUGGCAAGUGAGGGCUUCCCCAACCUCUACCCCCCCAAUAAGGAGUGCAUCUGGACAAUAACGGUUCCUGAGGGCCAGACUGUCUCUCUCUCCUUCCGAGUCUUCGACUUGGAGCUGCACCCUUCCUGCCGUUAUGAUGCUCUGGAGGUCUUUGCUGGAUCUGGAACCUCAGGCCAGCGGCUUGGACGCUUCUGCGGGACCUUCAGGCCGGCACCCAUUGUUGCCCCCGGCAACCAGGUCACCCUGAGGAUGACAGCCGACGAGGGCACAGGAGGACGAGGCUUCCUGCUCUGGUACAGCGGGCGGGCCACCUCUGGCACCGAGCACCAGUUUUGUGGGGGGCGGCUGGAGAAGGCACAGGGAACCCUGACCACGCCCAACUGGCCAGAGUCCGAUUACCCCCCGGGCAUCAGCUGUUCCUGGCACAUCAUCGCACCCCCAGACCAGGUGAUCUCGCUGACCUUUGGGAAGUUUGACCUGGAGCCGGACACUUACUGCCGCUAUGACUCGGUCAGCGUGUUCAAUGGAGCAGUGAGCGAUGAUGCCAAGAGGCUGGGAAAGUUCUGCGGCGACACAUCCCCGGGCCCCAUCUCCUCCGAAGGUAAUGAGCUUCUGGUCCAGUUCGUCUCGGAUCUCAGCGUCACUGCCGAUGGUUUCUCAGCCUCCUACAGGACUGUGCCGCGGGGCACUGCUGAAAAGGGGCCAGUCCCAAGCCCCGGGAAGGACACCAAACCAGGUUCCCCACCCCUGGGCCCUGGCCCUAAAUCUGGAGCUGGGCCCAAAAUCAAGCCACCUACCAAGCCCAAACUCCAACCUGGGGAGAAGCCAGAGGCCUCACCUGAAGCCCAGGCAACUCCAUUGAGCCCUGAUGUACCCAGUGUCCCUUGCCCAAAGCAGUGCCGGAGGACAGGCACAUUGCAGAGCAACUUCUGUGCCAGUAAUCUCGUGGUGACUGCAACAGUGAAGUCCAUGGUUCGGGGCCCAGGAGAGGGUCUCACUGUCACUGUCAGUCUCAUUGGUGCUUAUAAAACUGGAGGACUAGACCUGCCCUCUCCACCCACUGACACCCCCCUGAAGUUCUAUGUGCCUUGCAGGCAGUGUCCCUUCAUGAAGAAAGGACUCAGUUAUCUGCUGAUGGGCCAGGUGGAAGAAAACAGAGGUCCCAUCCUUUCUUCAGAGAGCUUUGUGGUUCUCUACCGGCCCAACCAGGACCAGAUCCUCACCAACCUAAGCAAGAGAAAGUGUUCCUCCCAACCUGGGCAAGCUGCAGAGUCUCAGGCCUGAGAGCCAGGCCAGCUCCAGUUCCAGGCUUGAGUGCCCCCUUUCUUCUCCAAAUAAAUGUUACUCAACUGAAGGGCUGUGUGUCAA